UCUUAAUAUCUGAAUGAUACUUUACUUUUUCUUUUCUGUAAAGCCAUUAUGCAAGUCAUCAUGAUCUAAGGGAAAAAAAUUAAAAGCUUUCUUGGACUGACUGAAUAAAAUUAUUAAAAGUAAAGAUGGAAAAUGAAGCAGAACAUGAAAAUGUGGAACAGAAUCUCUAUGCCAAAACUGCUGAGGAAGAACUGAAUAAAUCUUUCAACCUAGACGCUUCACUUUCAAAAUUCUCUUACAUAGAUCUGGACAAGGAAUUGGAGUUCAAAAAUGAUCUGAUUGAUGACAAGGAGUUUGAUAUCCCUCAAGUUGAUACCCCUCCAACACUGGAAAGCAUACUGAAUGAGACUGAUGAUGAAGAUGAGUCUUUUGUCCUGGAGGAUCCUACAUUGUUAAACAUUGAUACUAUUGAUUCUCACUCUUAUGAUACUUCGUCUGUGGCAAGCUCAGAUAGUGGUGACAGGACCAACCUCAAAAGGAAGAAGAAAUUACCUGAUUCUUUUUCACUCCAUGGGUCAGUUAUGCGACAUUCACUUUUGAAGGGGAUUUCUGCCCAGAUAGUGUCUGCAGCUGACAAAGUAGAUGCUGGCUUGCCUACAGCAAUCGCAGUGUCCAGUCUGAUCGCAGUGGGUACAUCUCAUGGAUUGGCUCUCAUAUUUGAUCAGAAUCAAGCUUUACGCCUCUGUCUGGGUAGCACUAGUGUUGGAGGGCAGUAUGGAGCCAUCUCUGCCCUCAGCAUCAACAGUGACUGCUCAAGGCUUCUCUGUGGCUUUGCUAAAGGACAGAUCACUAUGUGGGAUUUGGCCAGUGGAAAACUUCUGAGAUCAAUAACAGAUGCUCAUCCUCCAGGCACAGCAAUAUUGCACAUUAAGUUUACAGAUGAUCCAACUCUUGCAGUUUGUAAUGACAGCGGAGGCUCCGUUUUUGAAUUGACAUUUAAGAGAGUGAUGGGAGUGAGAACAUGUGAAUCUAGAUGUCUCUUCAGUGGGUCCAAGGGUGAAGUCUGCUGUAUUGAGCCUCUCCAUUCUAAGCCCGAGCUGAAAGAUCACCCCAUCACACAGUUCUCUUUACUGGCCAUGGCAUCACUAACAAAGAUAUUGGUCAUCGGGCUGAAACCAUCCUUGAAAGUGUGGAUGACUUUUCCCUAUGGACGGAUGGAUCCUUCCAGUGUUCCAUUGCUGGCCUGGCACUUUGUGUCAGUUCAUAAUUAUGUGAAUCCCAUGCUUGCCUUCUGCAGAGGAGAUGUUGUUCACUUUCUGUUGGUCAAGAGAGAUGAAUCUGGAGCCAUACAUGUUACCAAGCAAAAGCAUCUUCACUUGUACUACGACCUCAUCAACUUUACUUGGCUAAACUCACGGACGGUUGUGCUCUUGGACAGUGUGGAGAAGUUGCAUGUGAUUGAUCGGCAAACUCAGGAGGAACUGGAGACAGUGGAGAUCUCUGAAGUUCAGUUGGUCUACAAUAGCAGCCAUUUCAAAUCGCUAGCUACUGGAGGGAAUGUUAGCCAGGCACUGGCCUUGGUCGGAGAGAAGGCUUGUUAUCAGUCCAUCAGUAGCUAUGGUGGUCAGAUCUUCUACUUGGGGACAAAAUCUGUUUAUGUGAUGAUGCUGAGGAGCUGGAGGGAGAGAGUGGAUCAUCUCCUGAAACAAGAUUGUCUGACAGAAGCCUUGGGUCUUGCAUGGUCUUUCCAUGAAGGAAGAGCUAAAGCAGUUGUGGGAUUAUCGGGGGAGGCCAGUAAGCGGAAGGCUGUUGUUGCAGAUCGGAUGGUGGAGAUCCUCUUCCACUGUGCAGACCGUGCUCUGAAGAAGUGCCCAGAGCAGGGGAAGAUGCAGGUGAUGGAGCAACACUUCCAGGAUACGGUGCCUGUUAUCGUUGAUUAUUGCCUUCUGCUACAGCGAAAGGAUCUUUUAUUUAGCCAAAUGUAUGACAAGUUAAGUGAAAAUUCGGUGGCCAAAGGAGUGUUUCUGGAGUGCCUUGAGCCAUAUAUUUUAAGUGAUAAACUGGUGGGCAUCACCCCACAGGUAAUGAAAGACUUGAUUAUUCAUUUCCAAGAUAAAAGCUUAAUGGACGACGUGGAAGCCCUCAUUGUCCACAUGGACAUUACCAGCCUGGAUAUCCAGCAGGUAGUUCUCAUGUGUUGGGAAAAUCGUCUGUAUGAUGCUAUGAUCUAUGUCUACAAUAGAGGCAUGAAUGAAUUUAUCAGUCCAAUGGAGAAGCUUUUCAGAGUCAUUGCUCCUCCUCUGAAUGUAGGAAAGACACUAACAGAUGAACAAGUCAUUAUGGGAAACAAACUUCUGGUAUAUAUUAGCUGUUGUCUGGCAGGCCGUGCCUAUCCCCUUGGUGACAUCCCUGAAGAUCUUGUUCCCUUGGUUAAAAACCAGGUUUUUGAAUUUCUAAUCCGCCUUCAUUCAGCAGAAGCUUCCCCUGAGGAAGAAAUUUACCCUUAUGUCCGGACUUUGCUGCAUUUUGACACAAGAGAAUUUCUCAAUGUUUUGGCACUGACCUUUGAAGAUUUUAAAAAUGAUAAACAAGCUGUAGAAUAUCAACAACGUAUUGUGGAUAUUUUGUUGAAAGUUAUGGUGGAGAAUUCAGAUUUCACUCCCUCUCAAGUGGGGUGUCUCUUUACAUUCCUGGCCCGACAGCUUGCAAAGCCUGACAAUACCCUGUUUGUAAACAGAACCCUUUUUGACCAAGUUCUUGAAUUCCUCUGCAGCCCUGAUGACGACUCCCGACACUCUGAAAGACAACAGGUCCUGUUAGAAUUGUUGCAAGCUGGAGGCAUUGUUCAAUUUGAAGAGACUCGGCUUAUCCGUAUGGCGGAAAAGGCAGAGUUCUAUCAAAUUUGUGAAUUUAUGUAUGAACGGGAACACCAAUAUGACAAAAUUAUUGACUGCUACUUACGUGACCCACUAAGAGAGGAAGAAGUCUUUAACUACAUUCACAAUAUCUUAUCCAUCCCUGGACACAGUGCAGAGGAGAAGCAGUCUGUGUGGCAGAAAGCAAUGGAUCACAUUGAGGAACUUGUGUCACUGAAACCUUGUAAAGCUGCAGAACUGGUUGCUACUCACUUUUCUGAACAGAUUGAAACAGUCAUUAAAAAACUCCGGGACCAGAUUUUACUUUUCAAGUUCUUGAGAAGUCUUCUUGAUCCAAGGGAAGGUUUUCAUAUAAAUCAAGAAUUGCUACAAAUAUCUCCCUCUGUUACAGAACAGUUCAUUGAGCUGUUGUGUCAGUUCAACCCAAGCCAAGUCAUAGAAACUUUGCAAGUCCUUGAGUCCUACCGUCUAGAAGAAACUAUUCAGAUUACUCAAAAGUACCAGCUUCAGGAAGUCACUGCAUAUCUAUUAGAAAAGAAAGGAGAUGUCCAUGGUGCCUUCUUAAUAAUGCUAACGAGACUACAGAGCAAGCUUCAAGAACUCACACAUCAAGAUGAAAACACCAAAGAAGUUCCCUCACUGAAGGAUGUUGAAGGUACCAUGGUAGAGACAAUUGCCCUUUGCCAAAGAAAUUCUCAUAAUUUGAACCAGCAGCAACGAGAGGCACUCUGGUUUCCAUUAUUGGAGGCAAUGAUGGCCCCUCAGAAGCUGUCUAGUUCAACAGCACCUCAUAUCCACGCUGAAGCCCUGAAAUCUUUGACCAUGCAAGUUCUAAACAGCAUGGCAGCAUUUAUUGCCCUUCCAUCAAUCUUGCAAAGAAUCUUACAGGAUCCAGUUUAUGGAAAAGGGAAACUUGGGGAAAUUCAAGGACUUAUUCUGGGGAUGUUGGAUACUUUUAACUAUGAGCAGACACUGCUGGAGACAACUACUAGCCUUCUCAACCAAGACCUUCAUUGGUCACUGUGUAACCUGAGAGCUUCAGUCACUAGAGGACUAAAUCCCAAGCAAGAUUACUGCUCUGUAUGUUUGCAGCAAUACAAGAGACACCAAGAAAUGUCUGAUGAAAUUAUUGUCUUUAGCUGUGGCCAUCUGUACCACUCAUUUUGUCUACAGAACAAAGAGUGCACCAUAGAAAUUGAAGGCCAGAGCAGAUGGACAUGCUACAAAUGCAAUUCAAGCAACAAAGCAGGAAAACUAAGUGAAAAUUCAUCAGAAAUUAAAAAGGAAAGGACAAGUUCUCCACAGGUGAAAAUGUCCCCUUCGUGUCACCCCUCCAAAGGAGACCCUGCUGUGAAGAAGGCAACGUCCGAACCUGUUCUGGAUCCACAGCAAAUCCAAGCAUUCGAUCAGCUGUGCCAUCUCUACCGAGGAAGUUCCAGGCUGGCUCUCCUCACAGAACUCUCCCAGAAUCGCAGCAGCGAGAGCUACAGGCCAUUCAGCGGCUCCCAGAGUGGCCCUGCUUUCAACAGCAUCUUCCAGAACGAGAACUUCCAGCUCCAGCUCGUCCCUCCGCCUGUGACUGAAGACUGAGGCCUCGCUCGGGCCUGGGUCCAGAGACCAGAGCCAAGGCAGCCAGGUGCAGCUCACCGCUUCCCACACUGCACAGAGGUUCCUGGGCUUCCUCCACACCGCCAUCCCCCAAGAGCCGUCUUGUGUCCUGUGCUGAGGCCGCAGCAUCGCCUCACCAGAUGGGCUGGCUUUGUUUGCUUCUCAGGCAGAGGAAUAUCGCACGUGCCUCCACCUAAUUUCUGAGGAAAUCUACUUUGCCAGUCAAGGUGGUUUCCUGUUUUUCCCGAAAGCCAGGGAAUAUAGAGGGUGCACCCCUGUGACUAUGGGGACAGGGAGCAUGUGGCCAGACAGCAAGAUGAGGACGGUCUGCACUGGAGGCAACGUGGCACCUGCGAGAAGGGACUCUCCCUCCCACGUCUUUCUGCCAGAACCCAUCUGAGUGUAAGACUUGCCCUUCCUGGUAAUAAAUGCCCUUGCACCAGCUCUGCAGGCUUCUGGCUGCUCUGUCCGCCAAGCCACGCAGAACAUCCAGAGCCCCUGUGGCCACACUGGCUUGACUAGCUCGGGAUCAAGGGCCUGAAUGCAGACAUUCAGCUGAGCAGCACGUUGACAGGUGUACAGCACUCGGGCAGCAACGGGCAGGAGGCGUCUGCCUCAAGAGGCCCCAUCCACACAGGGAUGGUCAGGAGGCCGGGCACGGCUGGCCUAGAGCCCCCAGGAGACGGCUGUAAAUACACUGACGGUGCCAGAGCAUAGCUCCGUCUUCUGCUACGGACUCCCUAUUACCCUGAGCAAGUUGCUUACCUAAGUCUUCAUUUCGUCAUGAAACAGCUGGUGUUUUUAGAUUUAGCACUGGGCGGGCACCUGGCAAAGGCCCAGAAACAUUAGCUCGUGGGCCAGCAAAAUAGCUCACUUGUAAGAAUUUUGCCAUCCACAGGGGUUCAAGCCCAGCCCCCACCAUGGGGAAGGAAGCUGUGGUGUCUGUCUCUCUCUUUGUUUCUAUCUGAAACAAGUCAUCCUCGAGUGGGGAAGCUCUGGCAACAAUAAAAUAAAUUAAAAACUUAGCUGUCCCCAACACCCAGCUGCAUGGAUGGCUGUCACCUGUGGGGAAGGUUGGAGGGGUCACUCUGGGGGACAUGGCUGAGCACUAGGUGGUCGGUCACCAGUUGGGUCCCCAUUGAAGCAUUAUGAGCACCUCAGCCCUGGUUAACAGAUGAGAAAGCUGGGACUCAGCAUAGUGAAUAAUCUGUCACAGGCAACAAACCCAAGAAGUGACAGAGGCAGUGACCUGAACUCAGAGCUGACUCCAGAGUGAUGCUCUCACCUCCCCAGGUUAAGCGGCAGGUGGUUUCGUGGUAAACCUACAGUUCAGACCCAAGGAGUUGGCUGUCUCAAAGCCACACUCUGCUCAGCCUCCUUCAUUUGAGUCUAAGGAGCCAUGGCAGCUUAGCGCCCACACCCUAGAUCACUAGCUGACUCUGCUUGAGCCCGUUCCUGUCCUCUGUCUUGUCACUUGAGUCACAGCACCAUCUCAACUACAGCAGCAACAUAGUCAGACCUCCCUGGGUGGAACCUGAAGAGGUCAUCUCACCCGCAAGUAGAUGAGAGCCUGCCUUGGAGCGCUGGGCCCCAGGGGCGUGGGAGGCCUGUGCCGGGCCCCUGUCCUUGCCAUCUGGAAGCUACUGGCCCUGGCCCUUCCUGGCACUUAGCACCUGCUCUGCUCUGCUGUAAUUCCAGGUCCCACUUCAGAGCAGCUCCUUAAGGGGAAGACUGCUGGGCAUUCUCUGCUCAGAGACAGCAGCUGUUCUGACAGGACCUGACAGAACCAAGGAGCUCGCUGAGGGGGGUGGGGCCACAGGCUGAGAGGCUGAGAGUAGGCAGCUCUGUGCACAUGCCCACACCCCCAGUUGUGACAGGAUCAGGGGGGAGGGCUCCAAAGGCCCUUUGGGACAUCCAGAAGUUGUAAUAGGUCUAGGAAUGACUUAGGAAGGAAGUGAAGACAGAACCCUAGUAGUGAAUAAAAACAGACAUCAGCUACCACAUGGCAUCAACCAUCUUUGCCAGAACAGCCCACAUGCUUCUCUGGCAUGUGCCUUUCAUUUUCCUGAUUAAAAAUUUUAAGUAUCUGAGGAAAAAAAACUCUAUGAGGAAUACUUUGGAAAAAGUGAGGGUGGGGGAGGAAAAGAAGCCUUUAAGAAUGGAAUAAAAAUCACUAAUAGUC